AUGCCGACUGUCAGCGUGAAGAGAGAUGUGCUCUACAAGGCCCUGGGCCGCUCCUAUACUGAUGAAGAGUUUGAUGAGCUGUGCUUUGAGUUUGGCCUUGAAUUAGAUGAAAUUACAUCAGAACGAGAAAUCAUCAGUAAAGAAAAAGGGGAUGGAAAAGCUGAUGGAGCCUCAGAUGUUAUCCUUUUUAAGAUUGACGUGCCCGCCAACCGCUAUGAUCUCCUGUGCCUUGAAGGCCUGGUGCGAGGGCUGCAGGUCUUUAAAGAAAGGGUAGAUGCCCCUAGAUAUAAAAGGAUCAUACCGCCUGAUAACCAACUGCAACGACUUUUUAUUACAGAGGAGACUGCUGCAGUACGUCCCUAUGCAGUGGCUGCUGUUCUUCGCAACAUAACCUUCACUCAGGACCGAUAUGAGAACUUCAUUGAUCUGCAAGAUAAGCUUCACCAGAACAUAUGCAGGAGAAGGACACUGGUCGCAAUUGGAACUCAUGAUCUAGACACAAUAAAGGGUCCUUUUAUCUACACUGCUAGGCCACCAACAAGUAUCAAAUUCAGACCACUGAACCAAAAUAAAGAGUACACUGCUCCUGAGGUUAUGGAAUUGUACAGGACUGACAGCCACCUGAAACAUUUUCUGCACAUCAUUGAAGAUAAACCAGUUUACCCUGUCAUAUAUGAUAGUAAUGAGAUUCUACUCUCCAUGCCACCUAUUAUCAAUGGGGAUCACACAAAAAUCAGCUUGAAUACUCAUAAUGUCUUCAUAGAAUGCACUGCCACAGAUCUGACAAAGGCUAAAACAGUCCUGGAUAUUAUGGUCACUAUGUUCAGCGAAUACUGCGAUGAGCCCUUCACUGUUGAAGCUGUUGAGGUUAUUUAUCCAGAUGGAAAAAGCCAUUUCUAUCCGGAACUGCCAUACAGGAAUGAAACUAUCUCUGCUGAGAAGAUGAACAGUAAGAUUGGGAUCAAGGAGACACCAGCUAAUUUGGCCAAGUUACUCACCCGAAUGUGUUUGAAAUCGCAUGUGUUGGAAGAUGGCGAUCAAAUAGGAAUUGAGAUUCCUCCAACAAGAGCGGACAUUAUUCAUGCCUGUGACAUUGUAGAAGAUGCAGCUGUAGCAUAUGGUUUCAAUAAUAUUCCAAUGACCAUCCCCAAAACAUACACCAUCGCUAACCAGUUUCCCUUAAAUAAGCUGACUGAAUUGCUGCGACAGGAUCUGGCUGCAGCGGGGUUUACAGAAGCUCUGACUUUUGCCCUGUGCUCAGUGGAAGACAUUGCUGAUAAACUGAGUGUUUCUGUCUCAUCCACCAAAGCAGCCCACAUUGCAAAUCCCAAGACUGCCGAGUUUCAGGUGGCUCGUACAACCUUACUCCCAGGUUUACUGAAAACCAUUGCUGCAAAUCGUAAAAUGCCGCUACCUUUGAAACUGUUUGAGAUCUCAGAUGUUGUAAUGAAGGACUCCUCUAGAGAUGUUGGAGCCCGAAUCACCGACACCUGUGUGCUGUGUACUACAAUAAAAAUCCUGGCUUUGAGGUGAUACAUGGCCUGCUGGACCGGAUAAUGCAGUUAUUGGCAGUGUGUCCCAGCACAGAGAAAGGAUACCAUAUCAAGGCUGCAGAAGAUCCUGCUUUCUUUCCUGGACGCUGUGCAGAAAUACUGGCUGGUGGCAAGAGUAUCGGGAAACUGGGCGUUUUACACCCUGAUGUCAUCACAAAGUUUGACCUGACACUGCCCUGUUCGGCUAUAGAAAUAAAUGUGGAGCCAUUCCUGUGA